UUAUUACUUAUUAGCGGAAAAUAUUAAUAUAACUAAUGUCUGCUGUUAAAUAAGUUAAUAAACAGAAAUAGGUGUGUUGUAAAAUAUACCGAACCUAUAAAUCACAUUUUUUAGUAUAAAGAUAGAGAAGCUGAUCCGAACCUGGAAACUGUUAAAAAAAAAAAAACCAAGACAAACUUUAUCAGAGAUUAAAAAAAGGAGGAGGUUUUUAACUCAGAUGAAAAGUAUCUUUUGGAUUGCACCUGAGCUCGAUACUCUGGUUGCAAUCAUUAAAGCUGAUAGGAAACGAAAGGAUCAAGACAAGACUGAAGAUAUUGCAUUUUUAUUAGACCAAUUAGGAGAUAGAAAAACUAGAAUAGGUGGAAUCGAUACAAGGUACCUUUACUCUGUAAACAGGAGUUUAUCCAAAAUUAAAAGGAAAUCAAAUUUGCAUGAAACCAUGUCAGAGAGUGAAUUCAUCUCAAAAGGAUCAGAGAAAGAUGAAGGUAAUGAUGAUUUUUCAUACCCAGAUCCAGAGUUAAAGAAAAAAGUCAAAAAAACUAAUACUGUUAUGCUUCCAAAAGAUAUUCUCAAGAGAACUGCUGAUACUGCUGUUGGGGAAGGAAUAAGUCAUAGGCAGCAUGCUUCCAUGAUUAAUAGUAUAAUCGCUAAAUCGGGUGGAAAUGUAGCUGAAUUUAAAUCUUCAACCUCUACAGCAUUACGCGCUGCAGAUAAGGUCAUUCAUGAUGAAUCAAAGAGGAUCAAGGAUGAUUUAAGAAGUUUAAGAAAAAUCAAUAAGAACAUUUUAGUUCAACUCCAUUUUGAUGGAAAAGUAUGUCAUGAAUAUACUGAUGGGAAAAAAUUGGAACAAGAUCGAUUAGCAAUAUUAAUAAACGCUAACAAGGAAACGCACCUGUUGGGAAUUCCACCCAUUUCUUCUGGAACUGGUGAAAAUCAAAAAAAUGCAAUCAGAGAUAUCUUAAAUAGCUUUAACCUUACAGACAAUAUACAAGCUGUAACAUUUGAUACUAGCAGAAUCAACGCUGGAAAAAAAAAAAUGGAGCUGUAUCUUUACUGGUAAAUGAAGUCUUUCAACGACCAGUUCUAUCUAUUGCAUGCCGACAUUAUGUCAAUGAGCUACACAUAACACAUUUCUGGAAAAAUUAUCAAAGUAGCAUUACUUCUGGACCAGAUAAUCUGCUGUUUAAAAGUUUAAAAUCAGCAUGGAAUGAUCUUGACGCAGACAACCAGGUUUUGAAAAGAUUGACUAUUCCAGAGGAAACAUGGCUUGGUCAUCAAAAGCAUGAAAGCAUAACGUUCUGCGGAAAUAUUAUCACCAGUGGGUCUCUAAAAAAGGAUGGGGCUACAAGGAAGGACUACAUUGAGCUGGCAGAGCUUACACUUAUGGUGCUUUCUGAGGACAGGUACAAAUUUCGUACUCCCGGAGCAGUCCACCAUGCCCGCUUUAUGGCAAAAGGUAUCUACUACCUAAAACUCCAACUUAUGAUGGAUGCUAUACCUAGUGCUGACAUAGAGUUCCUCAAUUCUUUAGACUUCAGUGGACUGAAGCCUCCCAGCUUAGUUCAUUUGGUCACAGAAAAUUCGUGGCUAUUGUUCCUUAUGAUAGACCAAAGUAAAAGUGACUGUCAAUGGAUGAAAACCCCUCCAGAAUAUUGGACUUGCAAUGAUUUCUACUUAAAAUUUCAGGAGGCAGUUUUUAAUCUUUCAGUUGUUAAUGAUUGGUCGGAAAGAAUCGUUAAACUCAUAAAAGACAAAAUUGAUAUUGCCCGAAAAGAAGAGAAAAGACAGGAUUCACUUUAAUUUUUGCAUAAUUACAAAAGGAAGUAUGGAGGAAAAACUAAGAAAUCCAAGAAAAACAAAAAAAAAAACAAUAUAAAAAUAUAACAUAACAUUUUUAAAAAAUAAUUAU